AUGAUGUUUGGCUUGCAUUCACUUUUGAAAACACCGCUCUCUCUCUCUCUCCCUCACUCUCUCUCUCUCUCUCUCUCCUCUCUCUCUCUCUCUCUCCCUCCCUCUCUCUCCCUCCCCUCUCUCUCCCUCUCUCUCUCCCUCCAUCUCUCUCCCUCUCUCUCUCUCUCUCUCCCUCCUCUCUCUCUCCUCUCUCUCUCUCUCUCUCUCUCUCUUUAUCUCUCUCCUCAACCCCACUUCGCUCGUUUUUUGUUUUGUUUUUCAUUCAUUUUCUUUUUCCACCUUAAAUUUUUACUUUCAUUCUUGUCAGUUCCUUCUUCUCUUUCUCUCUCUCAAUCUCUCUCACACUCAUUCAUUCACUCUCUGUUUUUCCCGCUCUCUUUUCUUUACUUUUUUCAUCUCCUCUCUCUCUCUCUCUCUCUCUCUCUCUCUCUCUUUCCCUCUGCUUCUUUUUCCGUCAUUUCAUAUGCUUAUCUUUUUCCUCUCUUCUACUACUCCCUUCCUUUCUUUCUCUCUCUCUCUCUCUCUCACUCAUACUCUUUUUUCCCCGCUCUCUUUUCUUUACUUUUUUCAUCUCCUUUCUGUCUCUCUCUCUAUCUUUCUUUCCCUCUGCUUCUUUUCCGUCAUUUCAUAUGCUUAUAUUUAUUUCCUCUCUACUACUACACCCUUCCUUUCUUUCUCUCUCUCUUUCUCUCUCUCUCUCUCUCACUCACUCACUCACUCAUUCAUUCACUCUCUGUUUUUCCCGCUCUCUUUUCUUUACUUUUUUCAUCUCCUUUCUGUCUCUCUCUCUCUCUUUCUAUUUCCUUCUGCUUCUUUUUUCGUCAUUUCAUAUGUUUAUCUUUAUUUCCUCUCUUCUACUACUCCCUUCCUUUCUUUCUCUCUCUCUCUCUCUCUCUCUCUCUCUCUCUCACUCACUCACUCAUACACUCUCUGUUUUUCCCGCUCUCUUUUUUUUACUCUUUUCAUCUCCUUUCUGUCUUUCUCUCUCUCUCUCUCUUUCUCUUUCCCUCUGCUUCUUUUUCCGUCAUUUCAUAUGCUUAUCUUUAUUUCCUCUCUUCGACUACUCCCUUCCUUUCUUUCUCUCUCUCGCUCUCACUCAUACACUCUCUUUUUCCCCGCUCUCUUUUUUUUACUCUUUUCAUCUCCUUUCUGUCUCUCUCUCUCUCUUUCUCUUUCCCUCUGCUUCUUUUUCCGUCAUUUCAUAUGCUUAUCUUUCUUUUCUCUCUUCUACUAAUCCUUCUCCCUCUCCCUCUCUUCACGCCUUAUAUCUUCUCUUUUCCCCCAUUUUUUCUCUGUCUUUCUCUUUCUACUUUAUUCUCUAUCACUGUCUUUUUCUCUCCAUCUUUUAUUUUCUCUCUUAUCAUUUCUUUUCUUUUAUCUCCCCCUCUCUUUCUUCAGUCAUUUCAUAUACUCUUUCUCCCUCUUCUCUCUCUCCCCUCUCUCUCUCUCUUUCUCUCCAUUUCACUGUCUUCUUCAUUCUUUCUUUUAAAAUUGUUUUUUUUUUAA